CUUUGUUAGCGACGCCAUGGGCAAACGCAAAAAAUCGUCGAGAAAACCGGGUCCAACGAGGAAAAAGGAGCCCCUUGAUGUCACGUUUACAUGCCUUUUCUGCCACCACGACAAAUCAGUAUCAGUGAGAAUGGAUAGGAAGGAAGGAGUUGCCCAGCUGAUUUGCAAGGUCUGCGACCAAAGAUUCCAGAGCAAAGUCAACCAUCUCACCGAGCCCAUCGACAUAUAUUCAGAAUGGAUUGACGCUGCAGACGCGGCACAAUCAGGCGAGCCCGUUGUCCGACGCCCUGCAGCUUCAUCCAGCCGUGCUCGAGCACCUGCAUCAGCCGGGAGCGACGACGAUUGAGCUCUGGAACUUGAGGCUGUAUUCUUGCAUUUAACUUCUCGAUAGCAAUACGUGUACUCUUUCUUCCGCAAGUGUAUAUUAUAUACGAUUUUUUAUUGUUCUCAGAACACGCUGUUGCAGCGUUGCUUAGGCUAUUUUCGGCGAGCUCA